GUUCGACUUGACGCGAUUAUCGCGGCACAACGCGACACCCGAGCAAUAUCUCCAGACAUAUGCACCAACCUUUGACUGCGCAAACACUACACCACAAAAGUAACAGUCAUUUUCACGUUAGCAAGCGACCCGAACAGAUAGCAAAUUGCUUGGUCACUGUAUCACCACCCCGCCGAAGACUGUCGCACACGCUCCCCCUCUGUACCGAAGAAAUUGCGCCGGAGUCGACCUGGACCGCAUUGAACAAAUUCGAGUACAUACAAAUCCUUGAUGCUUCAACUCCGGUAGCAGCACUCCACUGUCCAGCACAAUGGCUCAGACCAAGAACGUCAGGCGGCGCUCCGGGCCUCCCACACCGGCCAAAGGGCAGAACAAGCGACCAACAGGAAGCAGAAAAAGUGCUGGAGGUCGGCCACGAGCGCAGCCUGGCGACCCUAUACCCGUGAGAAGACCGCACCGAUACAAACCUGGCACAACGGCACUUCGAGAAAUUCGACGGUACCAGCAAUCUACAGAACUACUCAUCCUUAAACUACCCUUCGCGCGGCUAGUACGCGAAAUCGCACUCGACAUACUCCCCUUCAGCGCGGCGCAAGAUCUUCGAUGGCAGAGUCAGGCAAUUCAAGCGCUGCAGGAGGCCAGUGAAGCUUUCCUGGUGCACCUGUUCGAAGACACGAAUUUGUGUGCAAUACAUGCGAAACGAGUGACGAUAAUGCAAAAGGAUAUCCAGUUGGCGCGGAGGAUCAGAGGCGCCUGGGGUGGUCUAGGCUAGGAGAUGGGUUGGGCUUUGUCAUUGCUUCACGCAUGUAUGAUUUUGCAAGGUGUUGGGUGUACCUCUAUCAUUGAUCAACAGUACGGGUUUGCGUUGGGAUGACGCAUUUUGAAUGGCAUUUGUUGGCUGUUGGCUACCGUGAUUCC